CAGGUUUAUAGGUUCAUUGGUUUUGGUAAAGGUUGUACAUUGUCCCUAGUGUGUGUAGGAUUGUGUUAAUGUGCGAGGAUCGCUGGCCAGCGCAGACUCGGUGGGCCGAAGGGCCUGUUUUCGCGCUGUAUCUCUAAACGGAACUCAACUACAAGACAUCCUAGCAGAAUUAGGCCAUUCAGCCCAUCGAGUCUACUCCGCCACUCUACCAUGGCUGAUCUACUUUUCCUUCUCAACCCCAUGCUGCUGCCUUCUCCCAGUAACCAUUGACACCCUUACUAAUCACGAAUCUAUCAUUCUCUGUUUUGGAAACACCUAAUGACAGUCUCCACAGCCGUCUGUGGAAAUGAAUACCACAAAUUCACCGCCCUCUGGCUCAAGAAAUUCCUGCUCAUCUCCAUUCUGUAGAUAAAUCCUUUUAUUCUGAGGCUGUGCUCUUUGGUAGGUAGGUUUCAAUGUUGCUGUAUCCUUCCGUCCUGGCCAUGUGUUGUCACGAGUAGCCUAGACCUUGCUGAUGUUCUGAUGUUCCCAUCUCCCCGUCUGACUGGCUUUCUCUCUCCACGCUUUCACCGCAUGCACCUGUCACCGGCUGGCCGUGCAGAACCAGACAAGGAUGAGCCUGAGUCCAAGGCCAGAGGGAAACCCAGCAAAACUCCCAGAAAGGAGACGACCUUAACCUUUCAGGCCGGGGGUGAGAAAAAGGUCAAAAGCAGAAAGAAAGGGGCACAGUCAGGACAAGAUGAGAGUGAGGACACAGAACCCAACCCAAAAGCCACAAAAACUAAAAAGAAGAAGCAGAACCCGGCCAACAUGUUCCAGGCUGGAGGAGCGGUGAACAAGGAGAAAAAGACCAAGAAAAAAGAAUCCGAAGAUGACGAGAAUAAAACUGCACAAAGGAACAGCAACAGAAAGGGAAAGUGUGCAAAGAAAAAAUCACCCAGUGACAGUUUGACCACCAGGGCAGAAUCUCCCAUCCUGGAAAUCGAUGACCUGGAGAAGUUUGUGUUGCAGCCCGCAGCCCAGGGCACCACCAUCAAAUGCAAAGUCACCAGGGACAAGAAAGGCAUGGACAGGGGUCUGUACCCCACCUACUACCUGCACUUGGACACCAACGAGAACAAAAAGGUUUUCCUGCUCGCUGGAAGAAAGAGGAAAAAGUGCAAAACUUCCAAUUACCUCAUUUCAAUCGAUCCAACGGACCUGUCCAGAGGGGGAGAGAACUUCAUCGGGAAACUCAGGUCAAACCUGAUGGGGACCAAGUUUACGGUGUUCGACAGCGGACUCAAUCCUGAGCGGGGAAGGGCCGAUCGUUCCAACAGUCGGCAGGAGCUCUCCGCCAUUGCCUACGAGACCAACGUGCUUGGAUUCCGAGGCCCCAGGAGGAUGACGGUGAUCAUCCCAGCGAUGGACGAGAAGCAGGAACGCAUCCCCUUCCGUCCGCGCAAUGUCAAAGACGGGCUGCUCAUCAGAUGGCAAAACAACAACACGGAGAACUUAAUUGAAUUGCACAACAAGACGCCGGUGUGGAAUGAUGAGACGCAGUCGUACGUACUGAACUUCCACGGGAGAGUGACUCACGCCUCAGUGAAGAACUUCCAGAUCGUCCACGAGAAUGACGCUGACUAUAUCGUAAUGCAGUUUGGACGGGUGGCCGAUGAUGCUUUCACCAUGGACUACAGCUACCCCAUGUGUGCAGUCCAGGCAUUUGCCAUCGCCCUCUCCAGCUUCGACGGGAAACUAGCGUGUGAAUGAUCAACAACAUCACACGGCGGAGCUUGACACUGAAGUGCGCUUUUACUUAAUCUCCGAGGCUAGCGUUAGAUUAAUGUAUGUGGUAAGCAUUUUAUCGUAACCUUGUGCAGGGUUUCUUGAGGUUGCACCCUAAGGGCUGUAGGGCAGUCGGAGAUCGGUAGAAAUGCUCCACCCUUUGAAAUCACCGUCUGGCUGGGGGGAGGGGCAGGGGAAGCACCAAGUCCAAAAUGGAGAGGGUGAAUUCGAGACGGAGGAAGGAGUCUUCAAAACGGUGGAGGGGGUCUUCAAAAUGUAGGACGGGACCUGCAAAAUGGAGGAAGGGCUCUUCAAAACGGUGGAAGGGGUCAUAAAAAUGGAUGAGGGACUCUUCAAAAUGGGGGGGGGAGAGGUCUUCAAAAUGGAGGAAGGGGCCAUUCAAAAUGAAGGAAAGGGUCUUCAAAAUGGAGGAGGGGACCUUCAAAAUGGAGCAAGUGGUUGUCAAAAUGGAGGGAAACUAAAUAUGGAGGAAGGGACCUUGAAAAUAGCAAACACAUUGUGGUUCUUACUCUGAUCACACUGAGAUUAGUAAUGGGAAAUUCAUUUGUAGUCGAUCCUACCAUGUUUUAAUGUCUAUUUUCUAAUUUGACUGUUCAAGAAUGUAAUUAAAGUGUCUAUGAUUGCGUCAGACUCAUUUAUAUUCUACGCUGGGGCAUUCAUUUUUUUUUCAUAAGGUUGGAAAUCGGAGAGAAAGUUUGGCUUUGGACGAGAUGGCCGUUGUAUUCAUGGUCAGAUUCGUCAAGCGCAGUUAUAAUGUAAUGCUUUUCACAGAAGUACGUAACCAGUGAACCUACAAACUAGGCACAGUGGCACAGAGCAGCUGCAUCACAGUGCCAAAGACCCAGGUUUGAUCCUCACCUCACCCCACCUCGGGUGCUGUCUGUGUGGAGUUUGCAAGUUCUCCCUGUGAAGAACUUUCUGGGUUUCCUCCAGAUGCUCCGAUUUCCUCCCAUGUCACAAAGACGUGCGGCUUUGUAGGUCAAUUAGCCUCCGUUAAUUUGAUCCAUGUGUGUAGGGAGUGU